UCAGUUUCUUCUCGUCUCUCAGUACGUUUCCAGUGCUAAAUACUCAUCCAGUUAUUGACAUUAGUACUGAUUUCCUUUGCAGUUAUUUUCAUUUUUUCAGUAAAAACAGUGCCAAGGUGUCCAACUCCAUCAACAACAUCAACAAUAAAAAACUUCAAAACAAUGAAAACGUUUAUCUUGCUCUUGGCGAUUGCUAGCGUGGCCGUGAGCCAGGAGAUCAUGGCAAUAGUUACGAUUAUGCCACAUGACAGUAGCAAAAUGGUAACUGGAAGUGUCAAGUUUGUACAAAGCACUCCUAAUGGACCAGUCACCGUUACUGGAACUAUUUCUGGACUUACUCAAGGGCAGCAUGGCUUCCACAUUCAUGAGAAGGGUGACCUUAGCAAGAACUGUACUUCUACCGGUGCUCACUUUAAUCCAUCUAAACAACCUCACGGUGGACCAAAUGAUGCUGUAAGACACAUUGGCGAUCUUGGCAACAUUGAAGCCAAUGCUCAAGGAGUGGCCACCAUCAAUAUCACUGACAAAGUCAUUUCUUUAACUGGACCUGAUAGCAUUCUUGGCCGUUCUGUGGUAGUUCAUUCGGGUGCUGAUGAUUUAGGAAAAGGUGGCCAACCAUUGUCCAAUACCACUGGAAAUGCCGGAGACCGUUGGGGCUGUGGAGUUAUUGGCAUUAUGUCACCCGAAGGUAGUCUUCCAUCAUCUGCAUCAUCAAUCCAUUUUUCUCUUGCAUAUCUCAUGCUAUUGGUGCUACUACUUAAUUAUAUUUAGAAAAUAAGCUUCAAGUUUUUUCAUCUGAUAUUCAAUUCAAGAAAUAAUUUUUCCAAAGAUAGCAUUUCAUCACAGUAAUCUCAUAGCACAUUUAUUAAUGAUUUUAUACAAUGAGAUACUUAAGUAAUUGAUGUAGUUCAAUCAACUACAAUGUUUCAGUAUUUAUAUCACAAUUUAAUUGCCUUUUAUAUUGACAUUAUAUAAAAACACGUGCUUAUUAUAUGAGGCUGAAGUAACUUUUAGAUGGAAAAGUUCAUUUGCACAGAACAUAUAAAUUUAACAAAAUAGUGACGAAUACAAAAAUUUACAAUAAUUUACAAGUAACAACAAAAAUUUUAAUUAAUUUUUUAACUACAGACAACUCCUGAUAGGUUCACUAUUUUAUAUUUGCUAUUUAAAGUAACAUUGGGAACUAGAUGCUUUUAGAAAAUCAAUGAUAAAAAAUUGUGUUCAUUAUUACAACAUACAUUUUUUUUUAGAGUUUACGAAAUUUCAAAUGAUGUAGGCUAUAUAUUAUUUAUUUCUAUAAUAUUUUUUUAUUUAUAAGUUAAAAGUUAUGUUUUUUGUUUAUGUCUUUAAUGCAAAAUUAUUAUUUUACAAUAAUUGUUACUAAUUUAUUUUCAAAGAGAUGACUUUAAAAACAUGAUCGGAAGUAUUUGUAACACUAUUGUAUUUCAACCAAAAGUCAGUAUAAUUUAUAUCAUUACAGAAAAGUUUUUCAAAUAAAUUGUAUUAGUUUACACUGUAAAUUUCGAGACAAUGUUAAUCAAAUGGAUGACGUCAUAUUAAAACACUUUUAAUGUUUUAAAAUAAAACACUAAAAUUUACAGUCUACCUUACACAAAUUUAAUUCAUGAUAUUUAUUAUGGAACGUAUAGAACAUUUAAUUGUGAACAAUUAUUUUUUUUUUGAACAAAUAAUGGCAAAAUAUAGAUCUAUUAUACUUUUGGUAAAAUAGUUACUUACUAUUUAGAUAUUUUAAAAAUUUUUCUCAAAAUUUUGUAGCAUCAGGAUACCGUAAAUAACAUGUAGUCGUAGAACAUUGACAUUUUUAUUUUAUUUUGAAAAAAAAUUAUGAGCAUUAGAUACUUGGAAUCUUGUUUAAACUCGUCAUAGUUUCGAAACUAAAAUGAAUGAACACUGACUCAACUCCGUCAGAUCCUUUUCUGAAUGUCUAAACUAAAAUAUAAAGGUGAGAAAAUCGAUUUCCCUAAUUCAUUCCUUUUGAAUACACUACUUGGAGUUUUAGGUUUCGGUACUGAAUGGCUAGUUUACCCAUCAGAAGUUGGAAAAGCAUUGAAAAUUUGACUAUGUUUUACAAACUUAUAUUUUUGUGCAAGAGAUCUAAUGUAUUUUUUUAGUAUUUUACAUGAAAUUUUCAGCAAUGCAAAUAUAUUUUAAAUUUAUGGUCUACUAAAAAUAAUUUUGAAUAAAAAACCGUACAGUGACUGUA